UUAUCCUGUUUCUUCUCAAACUGGGUUCACCACUUACGAACCUCAAAAUUAUUACAUUGAGUCGUCGUAAUCGUCGUGUUGGGGGUCCUCCGAGGAAUCUUUGUGUGAACCACGACAAUUGAACCAAAACGUGGCUUAAAAGUCGAAAACUUUGCAACGGAUUUAGAAAGAAAAGACCCAAAAGGAAGAUGCUGAAGAGUGAGGCAUCUCUCUCGAGUUACUGCGAUUCUGGAGAUCUCGAUACGAAUUUGGACAGAACUGUUACGAUUGGUGAUUCAAUUGACGCCGGCGAGUUCAGUUUUGCGAAACUCAAGGAAGAAGAAGAUGAAGAAGACUGUGGUGAAGGUGACGAGGAGGAGGAGGUCGUUAUUAAGAAGCUAGGGGUUGGUGAGAGAGAUGAACAAGGUUUUGGGAUUGAAAGACCACCAAGUCCUUCUAUGCAUUUAGCUGCAGGCUUAGGGAUUGAUAAGUUUGAUUUGUUUGGUGAUGAGAUCAAAUUUGAUUUGCCUGGUUUUGAUGAUGAGAACUGUGCUGAUUACUACAAAGGCAUGCUCGAGGAGUAUCCAUUGCAUCCUUUGCUUCUCAAAAACUAUGCCAAGUUCUUGGAGUAUAAAGGAGAUUUUAGUGGAGCAGAAGAGUAUUAUCAUAAGUGUACUGUAGUUGAGCCUUGUGAUGGAGUUGCUUUAGCAAACUAUGGUAGAUUAGUAAUGAAGCUUCACCAAGAUGAAGCUAAAGCCAUGAGCUACUUUGAACGCGCUGUUCAAGCAUCUCCUGAGGACAGUAAUGUUCUUGGGGCAUAUGCUAGUUUCCUCUGGGAGAUAAAUGAUGAUGAUGAGGACGAGGACUCUCUAACUGGACAAGGAAAAGAAGAAGUUGAGGCUGAUGCAGCGGAAAAAAGCAGCUCAAGCUUGUCAAAGACAGAAGAUGGAGAAACGCUAUGCAGAUACGCGAAAGCGUUCUGGACUAUUAAUGGUGACCAUGAGAAGGCAUUGGUCUAUUUCGAGAAGGCCGUUGAAGCCUCUCCGAAUGAUAGCAUUAUUCUUGGAGAGUAUGCUCGGUUCCUAUGGGAAAUCGAAGAAUGAUCAUCAAGAAUAAGAAGAAGAAUGUCUAUAGCUGAAGAAAAAUCUAAGGUUGAUAAGCUUCUCUUCUUCAUGGAAACGGCUUGUUGUAUUAUAAGCUUCACUCAUGUUCGUUAUGUGUUGUAUAUUCAAUUCAGAAACGAGAGAAUCUCGUUAAAAACCAUUUCUAUGUCUUUUGCAGAUUCGAAUGUUUUUACAGGAUCAAACUUAAUGUUUCCAACUAUGUAAUAUAAAUGCUUAUUGAUCA